AUGACUUUGUGUUUAUUGGUGCUUAUUGCCGCCGGUAGCCUUAUCUAUUGGCUGUAUCAAAUUAACAAGACCUAUUAUGUACUUGCAUUUUUCUGUCCACGUGUUAAGACCAAAGAUGGUCGCCCCGAAUACACAAUUGCACCUGUGGCCAAGGGGAAGACGAUUUUUGGUAAUGGCUUUGAUUUGUAUGGCCUAACAGACCAUGAGGUGUUUCAGCACUCACGCAUUCGAGCCAAAACAUUGAAAGCUAGCUACAUAGAAUACGGCUCCGGUGGAGCCCUUUAUAAUAUAAUUGACGCGGAGAAUGCCGAGCUGAUAUUGAACGAUCCAAAUCUAAUGACCAAAAGUGUUAUAUACGAUUUUCUACAUCCAGCACUACACACUGGACUCUUGACAUCUACAGGCAAAAAGUGGCACACUCGAAGGAAGCUCUUAACUCCCACAUAUCACUUCAAUAUCUUGGGGCAAUUUGAGGAGAUUUUCAAAGCUGAAAGUUUGAAAUUUGUUGAACAAUUUCAUCAGGCGUCUGAUAUCUCAAUUUCGGCGAGUGAGCUGAUACCCAGAUUCACUUUAAAUAGUAUUUGCGAGACUGCCAUGGCAGUUAAGCUCGAUGAUAUGGCCGAGAAGGGUGAUCUUUAUCGUCAGAGCUUUGCAAUGAUCGAAAAAGCUUUUAUAAAGCGUUUAAGCAAUCCUUUUUACUGGAAUACAAAAGUUUAUGAACUCUUUGGAGGCAAGGAAGAUGCAAUUGCUCUAAAAGUCGUUCACGACUUCUCCAACGAAAUUAUUGCCAAGCGUCGCAUACUUCUCGAGGAAGAACUUGUACGUCGCAAGAGCUCACAAGAUCCGGAUGAUGAUAUCUAUAUCAACAAGAAGCAACGCUUCGCCAUGUUGGAUACAUUGAUAUUUGCUGAGAAAGAUGGUCUCAUUGAUCAUCAGGGAAUUUGCGAGGAAGUGGAUACCCUCAUUUUCGCUGGGUUCGAUACAACCUCAACGGGUCUCAUAUUUGCAUUGAUGAAUAUGUCUCUCUAUGCCGAUAAGCAGGAACUUUGCUACCAAGAAAUCAACGAGUAUAUUGAUGAUGACUUCAGCAACCUGGAUGUUAAUCAAAUUGGUAAACUCAAGUACUUGGAUUGCUUUUUAAAGGAAUCAUUACGCAUGUUCCCAGCAGUUCCUCUAAUGGGUCGUCAAGCAGUACGAGAAACGGAACUAGCCAAUGGUCUGAUUCUUCCAGCUGGCACUCAGAUUAUUCUGCAUAUUUUUGACAUUCAUCGUAAUACCAAGUAUUGGGAUUCGCCAGAUGAGUUCCAGCCUGAACGAUUCCUGCCGGAAAACAGUAAAGAUCGUCACAAUUAUGCCUAUAUUCCAUUCAGUGCCGGACAGAGGAAUUGCAUGGGUCAAAAGUUUGCAAAGCUGGAAAUGAAGACUCUGCUCAUUGUGGUUUUAAAAAAAUACAAAAUUCUACCACUCGUUGAUCCCAAGGAUUUUGUUUUCAAUACUGGUAUAACGCUGCGAACCAAUAAUAAUAUUAAAGUAAAGCUUGUGAAGCGUCAAUAGACUAAA